AUGGGAGCAGCAGCAACAGCAGGAGAGGCAUCCGCCGGCCGGUGUGGGGUGGAGUGGGACGGCAUCGCCUGCUGGGGCCCGGCGAAGGCGGGGGCGCUGGCGAGGCAGCCCUGCCCCUCCUACGUGGUCGGCUUCCGCGCCCAGGUGAGGGACUACCUGCUGCACAACACAGACGCGAACAAUAUUUGUGUAACUGCAUGCUUCGAGGAGUACGCCAGUAAGCUGUGUACCUGGUCAGGUACGUGGUACCGCAACGAGCAGAACGCCACGUGGGCCAACUACACGCUGUGUGGUGCAGUCACCAGCGACCAGCCGCCAGAGGAUGCGUCCCUGUACGAGCGCUGGCUGCCCCUGGUGAAGGCGGCCUCUCAAGUGGGGUACGCCGUCUCGCUGGUCGCGCUGCUCUUUGCCGUGGGGGCGCUGUCCGCCACCAGGCGGCUUCGCUGCCCGCGAUACCGGCUGUACAUGCACCUCUUCGCCUCCUUCAUCUUCCGCUCCCUGAUGGGGCUGCUCAAGGACGCGCUCUUCGUCGAUGGCGUCGGUCUCGCGUCAGACGUCGCCUACAACGAAGAUGGACACAUUGUCUUCCUUACUAACAGCAGCCACUGGCGCUGCAAGCUGGUGACGAGCCUGUGGCAGCUGUCGAUCGCGGCCAACUUCUCGUGGAUCCUGGCGCAGGGCCUCUACCUGCACAACCUGGUGGUGUUCGCGCUGCCCGCCCACGCCGGGCGCGUCGCCAGCUACGUCGCUCUGGGCUGGGGAGCGCCUAUGGUGGUGGUGGCGACGUGGGCCGUAGCCCGCCUGGAGCUGGAGGACACCCUGUGCUGGACCACCAACCAGCAGUCGCGCGUCUUCCUGCUGCUGCAGCUGCCCAUGGCCUGCUCCGUGCUGGUGAGCUUCGCGCUGUUCCUCAACCUGGUGCGCAUGCUGCUGCUCAAAGUGCGCGCUUCGGCUACGCUGCAGCGGCGGAGGGCGCGUUACAUGCGUCUGGCGCGCUCGACGCUGGUGCUGGUGCCCCUGUUCGGGGCGCACUACGCCUUGCUGCUGGGGCUUUCGUACAGCGAAGACCGACGCGUGGAAAUAACGUGGCUCUUCGCCGACCAGCUCUUCGCCUCCUUCCAGGGCCUGCUGGUGGCGGUCCUGUACUGCCUGCUGAACGGCGAGGUUCGCGCUGAGGUGUCCCGCAGCUGGAUGUCGUGGCGACAGCAGCGCCUCACACGGGCUCAGCUGGCUGCGGCCGCCGCCCACGAGCCCUUCAAGAUCUUCGGCUCGCGGCGCGGCUCGGCUCUCACCGUCAUAUCCCGGCUGCGGACGCUGUCCGGCUCUGAGGACGAACGCUGA